AUGCUUGACGUCGAAGACUUUAACGCUGUUUAUCACGGCCUGUACUAUAAUGAUGGCCUUGUUCAGGAAAUUCAAUCAUACAGGACUGCGCUCGGUGGACGAACCUUCUUCGAGCGGCUGUUGACACUGUUGAACAUCAAGGGAAGCAAGAUGUACCCUCCCAAAACCCCGCAACAACUCCAAGACCUCCACCAGCGUAUAAUCUCUUCCAAUACCACACUACACAACAAACACUGCCUAGUGUUUUACUUGCUCAAAGACUUGUCAGCACAACACCACGAAGCGACUGAACUAUCGGAAGCAUUUGCGAAAGACGUACACCUUGAGAAGCGGUUUUGGACAUUCGUCGAAGGACUCUGGUUCCUAGACCAUCUCCAGUUCUCGACAGCUGUCGGCCACUUGACGUACCCGGGCAUAAUACCGACUUUCCCUGAUGAGAUCAUGUACACACUUCUGACUGGAAACGAUAAGCUGAGCAGUUUAGGCAUGGCAAGGGAUCCCAAGGACGAUAUAUUGGCUUUAGCGUACUAUAACUGCGUACGGCCGCCGCUGGAUGACCAGAAGACUAGGGACGAGUUUGCCAAGUAUCUUGCAGGUCGUAAUGUCACGGAGAUGUACCAGUGGAUUCACAGCAGACCAGACUAUGAGCAGAAGCCGCUGCUGGAACUCCUUGUCGAGCAAACCCUGGACCACAACGCUUGGUCUCAGGACCCCGAACACGAGGUGUACACGCGAGAUGCCAAGGCUUUCGAGCUGGUCAGUCUGCCGUUUACCAAAGAAGAGGAGGAACACAUCGAGAAGUUUCUCACUGAGGGCAGGGGGAGGACAUUCCAGAGCGCGCAAGAUCUGAUCAUGAUGCGUAGGAUUGCGACCGGCAAGCUAACCGAUGUUGCCGCUGAUAUUGGUACUCGUGGCCGCAGGAUAGACGGUGUUAAUUGGGAGAGCUUGAAAGACGGUGUAAAGCGAGGACUGGGGCCUAGAAAGGAUGAACAGAGCUUCGCUAUCUAA